GCUACGGUUCCGAAAGGUUCUCUUGUAAUCUAUUGUAAUUUGCUUUUGUAAAGUUUCAUCAUGACUGGUCGUGGAAAGGGAGGAAAAGGAUUGGGAAAGGGAGGUGCCAAGCGUCACAGGAAAGUUCUUCGUGAUAAUAUCCAAGGUAUCACCAAACCUGCAAUUCGUCGCUUAGCUCGGCGAGGUGGUGUAAAACGUAUUUCUGGAUUAAUUUACGAAGAAACUCGUGGCGUAUUGAAAGUAUUUCUGGAAAACGUUAUUCGUGAUGCAGUCACGUACACUGAACACGCUAAGAGAAAGACUGUGACAGCCAUGGACGUCGUCUACGCUCUGAAACGUCAAGGACGUACUCUUUAUGGAUUUGGUGGUUAAGAACUGCCAUAGCUGCAGAAUUCACAGUCAUUUUUUGAUUAUAAACGGCCCUUCUCAGGGCCACAAUAUUUUUUUUAACGAAAUGGAAUUUCUCCGUUACAUAUUAGUAAAAUUACAUUAUUAAAUAAAUUUUCAAUGUUGACCUAUGCAAUAUAAAAUUACAUCUAUCAAUAUUAUAGUUAAUUAUUGAUUUAUUUAAUUAGUUUUUAUUGCAAAUUAUAUUUAAACAAACCAUAUUCUUUUUUA